AUGUCUGGUCUACCAUCAUAUGCGUAUCCCGGAGCCGGCGAAUGGGCUCGUGAGACAAUGCAUUAUAGCCAGGCCAUUCGUGUAGGAGACAGCAUUUUUAUCUCUGGUCAGGGUGGCUGGGAUCGUACCAGCAUUUCGCUCAAGCAGGAUAUCCUAGAAGAAGUAGAUCAAGCUUUCGACAACGUCGAACACACGUUAAAGCACGCCGGAGGUAAGGGUUGGUCUCAGGUAUAUCGUGUGGUUACAUACAGCACGGAUAUUAAGGCCACACACGACCGUAUUGUCGAGAACUUCAAGCGCUGGAUGCUGAAUCAUCAACCGGUGUGGACGGAAAUCGGCGUCAAACAGCUCGGUAUGGAUACGAUGCACAUCGAAAUCGAAGUCCAGGCCUAUGACGAGGAGGGUGCUGCUGAAGCACGGAAGGCUCGCGUUUAG